AUGGCUCGCACGAACCAACAUCUCCCAUGUCCGCCCGAGAACUUCCUUCGGCCGUUGAUCAAGCGUCUACAUCGGCUGGGUAUGACAGACAGCCAGAUCGCGAGUAUGGUCUUGAAGCAAAUCGACGCAAAGACAUACGGAAUUAGCUCGUCCACGAUCAAGAAGCGACGCUCCGCGUGGAAAAUAUUUGGUGUUCGACAGUCUGGACAUACGCUGCAGUCCAUCGCCCCAUCUGUCCAACAGAUACGUAUGCGCUAUCCCAACAUGGGUGCCCGUGAUAUGACAAAACGGUUACGCCUGGAGUUCGAUGUUUAUGCACCACGUGAACUCGUCGAGUUGUAUCUUAAGAUCGAAGAGCCUGAGGCCGUCGCUGCGCGCAAGCGCCGUGUCUUCAAGCGUCGUCGGUACUGGACUGCUGGUGUCAACGAUUGCUGGGCAUUUGAUCAACACGACAAGUGGAAGCGCUUCGGGCUCUGGUUCAACCUCGGUCUGGAUGUGUGCUCGGGAAAGAUCCUAUUCAUCAAGAUAUGGUGGAACAACCGUAACCCUCGGCUCCUUGGCAACUAUUACCUCGACGCUGUGGAGAAGAUCGGUGCUGUCCCGAUGAUCACCCAGAGCGACCCUGGGACGGAGAACUACUCUGUUGCGAACAUGCAGACGAUCAUGCGCCAACGCCUCGACCCAACUCUCAGCGCUACACUUCAGCACCGCUGGAUGGUCAAUGGCAUGAACAUCAAGCCCGAGAUCCAGUGGUCCCAAAUGCGCAGUCAGUUCUCCCCCGGUUUCGAAGCGGUGCUACAGCAUGGAAUCGACAGCGGUUUGCUCGACAUGCACGAGGAUCUUGAGCGCAUGCUUUUCCGACGUCUGUCCAUACCUUGGCUUCAGGAGGAACUUGAUCGCUGGGUAGAUCAGAAGAACUCGACAACACGUCGUGCAAACAAGUACAAGGUGCUCCCUCAUGGAAUCCCUGAUCUUAUCUAUGAGUGCCCUGAUGAGUAUGGCGCGAUGGACUUCAAGGUACCUGUGAACCCGGUGCUGAUUUCGGAGAUGCGUGCGGACUUUUGCCCUCACGACCACCCCAUCUACCAGCUCGUCCCGCCCAUCUUCGAGCAACAUUUUCAAGCUCAUCGCGAGGCUCUACAGUUCCCCGUCGUCUCGAUCGCGAACUUCUGGGAGGUCUACAACCUUUUUCUGCAUGCAUUCAUCACCGCACCAUUCGAUCAAGAUCUAUCUGAUGUCAUUCGGACUGCGCCGUCACCUCUGCAGGAGGACAUCGCAGUGGGCGACCCCGUCAAGCUCUUGCCGCUGCCCCCCUUACGUGCGGGACUAAUGGUCGAAAAGGCGGCAGGUCAGGCCCAGGGAGUGGGUGCUGCAGGCAGGAAUGGCAUUGCAUUCGAGUACGUCGGUGGCCUGACCAGUCCCGAUGUUCCGCAGCCGUUACUCGAUGCAGUGAACCGUCAAGAUGAUGAACAGCAUGCCAAUGGGGCGGAAGAUGAAGGUGACGACUGUGAUCUCUUCGCGGAACCACGAUACAUAGAGUUCUCGGACGACGAAGAUGACAUCGAACUACCUGUACUGGGCUCUUGA